UCACUGGAAAUAACCAUCGCUCUUGUAAGUUUCAUGACAUUUAGUGUUCUUGGUUAUCGGAUAACUCUUUCUAUUUGCCAGGAGAUCUGUUGUGGUCUACCGUACACUUCUUGCCGUACUCGAGCUUGCGCGUUCGCCACGUAGUAGAGAAUAUCCUCGGGACAGAGUAUCUAAUGGAGGAGAGGAAAUGGUAGCUGCGAGGGCAAUGGCGGCAGGGCUCCCGGUCUGUUCUUCUUCAGCCUUUUCUCUUGGGACGAAUGCUGCUACUGGCACCGCAAUUUCCAGUCAGCUCUUCCGCUUGACAAAGAUUUCCUGCCAUCGCUUCCCGGCAAUCCGUCCACUCCACUCUUGGAUUUCGUCUCGGCCACCAAAACGCAAGGAAGAAAAGCUCGGUGGUAUCUUUUGCUCGGCUGCGCACGCUGGCGGCGAUCCUUCAAGCUCAUCAAAGACCAGAGCCACUCGGCCGCCGAAAGAUCCACAGUCGAUCCGAGAGAGAGCUCUGGCUUUCGUGGACAAUCAGGCCGGUUUCCUGUGGCUACUCGGUCCAGUGCUGGCAACCUCGGCAGUGGUGCUCCCGACGCUCUCACUCUCCCUGGUCGAUCUCCUCCAGGCCAACUUCUGGAUCGGGCUUGGCGCCGUCUUCGCCCUCGACUUGAUCUACGUGCUCGCCGCCGACGCCUUCUUCGUCUUCGCGGACAAAUGCGGCCACCAGCAGAGCGUCCCGGGUGAGCUCCCGCCGUGGAUCGCCCCCUGGGAGAUCCUCGGCUAUCCCAAAGGCCUGCCUCAAGUCUGGGACUACACCACGUACGCGGGUAUUGGAGUGGCAGCGUUUGCUCUGGUGAUGUCCAUCUUUUCGGGAAAGCCGGGCGUGGCUCUCGCGGCGUUUGGCCCCUACUUGGCGCUCAUCCUCGUCCAGGCGGCGUACGAGCGGCUGCUUUGCAAGGAGAGGCUGCCAACUUAUCCACUGGUGGCGGCGGUGUAUACCAUGUAUCGGUUUCGGCAGCUGGGGCGGGCGAUGGAGCUGCUUGGUGCGUUUGGAGCUGGGCCAGUGCUGGUGGGCAGCGUGAGAGUGUUGAUGGCCAUCUGGACCUUCUAUCUCGCCACCUUUCUCUCGCAGUUGCCAUGGCUGUAUUGCACUUGGAACGCGAAUAAAAUCUCUUAGAAUGUAAGAGAGCUUCUCUUUAGUGCUUUGAGAAUGUGAGAAUCCAUACCUGGUGGUGGCUCCACCUUUGUUAUUCGUUGCUACAGUGCCAUGGUUUUACAGCAUUCCAAGUUGGAUGGAGCUUGCUCGCAAAAUUUACUUUGAGGAAA